GUUCGACCAAGGAGAGUCACCAAAGAAGGGGAGGAAUUCAAGCGGACGGGAAACCAAGUCUUGCGCUUCUGCCCAAAAAUCUACUGUUUCCGUCGGGAAGUUGAGAUUUUGGGAAGGGGACGAUAUUGGAUGGCUGCCUCUCUGGAGAUCUUUGGCUCUUCAUUGCUCCCAAGGACCUGUCUCCUUUCUUCUUCCAGCUCGCCGCUGUUUGGAGGAGGCGAGCAGAGGAAUCUUUUCUUCCCUUGCAAGCAGAGGAGGAGCUGCACGGCAGGGCGAGCGGGGCGGACUCCGGUGGCCGCCGUGGUGCUGACCGAGAGGUUCGCGAGGGUUGAGGCGGAAGAGAAGCCCGUGAGGUUUAAGGUCAGGGCGGCGGUGACGGUGAGGAGAAAGAAGAAGGAGGAUCUAAAGGAGACGAUCGCGAACCAGCUCGAUGCUUUCUCCGACAAGAUUGGGAGGAACGUGGUGUUGGAGCUCGUCAGCACCGAGUUCGAUCCAAGAACGAGGAAGGCGAAGACCAGUAACAUGGCGGAGCUGAAGGGCUGGUUCGAGAAGAAGAACGCCAAGGCCGAGCGGGUGGUCUACACGGCGGAGUUCACGGUGGACUCCAGCUUCGGCGAGCCCGGAGCGAUCAAGGUGCUCAACCGGCACCAGAGGGAGUUCUUCCUGGAGAGCAUCGUGGUCGAAGGCUUCGCCUGCGGCCCCGUCCACUUCCCUUGCAAUUCUUGGGUGCAGCCUACCAGAAUCCACGCCAGCAAGCGGGUCUUCUUCAGCAACAAGCCUUAUCUGCCAUCUCAGACGCCCUCAGGACUGAGGAACCUGAGGCAGCAGGAGCUGAAGGAGUUGAGGGGCGACGGCAAGGGCCAGAGGAAGCUGACCGACAGAAUCUACGAUUACGACGUUUACAAUGACUUGGGCAACCCCGACAAGGGGAUCGAAUUCGCCAGGCCAACCCUGGGAGGGGAGAAGCUGCCUUACCCAAGGAGAACGAGGACAGGGAGAGCCCCCACGAGCACAGACAAGGAUGCUGAGACGCGGGUGGAAGAUCCACAGCCCGUGUACGUGCCGCGGGACGACCAAUUCGAGGAGGGCAAGCAGGAGAUGCUGACGGCAGGGGCUCAAAAGGCCGUGCUCCACAACCUGGUGCCCAUGCUUGUCGCCGCCUUCUCCCCGGAGAGCCACGACUUCAAGGCCUUCCACGAGGUGGACAACCUCUUCAAGGAAGGCCUGCGCUUGAAGCAGAGCUUGCAAGAUCAGCUCUUCCACAAGAUCCCCCUCGUCAGCAAGAUUGAAGAGUCGAGCGAAGCCCUCCUCCGUUACGACACCCCCGACAUCAUCACAAAGGACAAGUUCGCAUGGCUGCGCGACGACGAGUUCGCCCGUCAAACUCUGGCAGGCAUCAAUCCCGUUAACAUAGAAAGGCUUCAGGUGUUCCCUCCCGUGAGUAAGUUAGACCCCGCCAUCUAUGGUCCGCCUGAAUCCUCCAUCAAAGAAGAACACAUCGUCAGCCAUCUCAAUGGCAUGUCUGUUCAACAGGCCUUGGACGAGAAGAAGCUGUUCGUGUUGGACUACCAUGAUGUGUACCUCCCCUUCCUCGAUCGGAUCAAUGCGCACGACGGGCGAAAAGCCUACGGCACUCGCACCAUCUUUUUCCUCACCGAGCUGGGAACUCUUAAGCCGAUCGCCAUCGAGCUGAGUCUGCCGCCCGUGAGACCCGGCGACACUCGGGCAAAGCGCGUCUUCACGCCGCCCACCGAUGCCACCAGCAAUUGGCUUUGGCAGCUCGCCAAGGCGCACGUCUGCUCCAACGACGCCGGCGUCCACCAACUCGUAAACCAUUGGUUGAAGACUCACGCGUGCAUCGAGCCGUUUAUACUGGCAGCUCAUCGGCAACUAAGUGCGAUGCACCCCAUCUUCAAGCUGCUGAAGCCCCACAUGAGAUACACGCUAGAGGUGAAUGCUAUGGCUCGCCAAAUCCUCAUCAACGGCGGCGGAGUGAUCGAGUCCGGCUUCACUCCUGGACCUGUUUGCAUGGAGAUCAGCGCGGCCGCGUACCGCGAUCACUGGCGCAUCGAUCAGGAAGGACUCCCUGCCGAUCUCAUCAGAAGAGGCAUGGCGGUGGAGGACCCGACGCAGCCGCAUGGCCUGAGGCUCGUCAUAGAAGACUACCCGUACGCCACCGAUGGCCUCCUCCUGUGGUCGGCGAUCCAGUCGUGGGUCGAGACCUACGUCGCCACCUACUACGCCGACGCCGAGUCCGUCCAGUCCGACUACGAGCUCCAGAGCUGGUACGCCGAGGCUGUCAACGUCGGCCACGCCGACAAGCGGUGUGCGCCGUGGUGGCCGCGCCUGUCGAGUCCUGCCGAGUUGAGCUCCUUCCUCACCACCCUCAUCUGGCUCAGCUCGGCCCAGCACGCGGCCCUCAACUUCGGCCAGUACCCCCUCGGCGGUUACAUACCGAACCGGCCGCCGCUGAUGCGCCGGCUCGUCCCGGUGGAAGGCGACCCGGAGUACGAGCACUUCCGGGCUGACCCGGCCAAGUACUUCUUGUCCGCGCUGCCGAGCCUGACUCAGGCGACCACGUUCCUGACGGUGAUCGACACCCUGUCGACGCACUCGGUGGACGAGGAGUACCUGGGGGAGAGACCGGACCCAUACACGUGGACGGGGGACGGCGAGAUGGUGGAGGCGUUCCACGAGUUCGCGGCGGAGGUGAGGCGGGCCGAGUCGGAGAUCGCGAGUCGGAACGCGGACCCGGCGAGGCGGAACCGGUGCGGCGCCGGGGUGUUGCCGUACGAGUUGAUGGCUCCGAGUUCGGGACCGGGAAUCACGUGCCGAGGGGUGCCCAACAGCGUGACCAUCUGACCACUCACGUGGUGGUGCAUUUUUUAUUGGACAUCAAUACAUACAUACAUACGUACAUAAGAGAGGCAUUCUUUUAUCAAUGGCUGUGGGCGCAUCACAAGACGAGUAAUGUGUGUAAAUAAAUAGAUGAUAUACAUAAUAAUUGUUGGAUGGAACUCUUUUGAAGGAGAAUAAAUAAAUUAAGCGAUACAUUUUUAUUC